AGCUUAUAAAAGCGCACACAACCAGCAGAUCAAAGUCAUACUCCAAAACUCACCAAAGGGUAGACCCCAAUAACAUAUAAUAAUCCUUUUACAAACUUUCCAUCGCCUCCUAUGGCCAACUCCCAGCUCCAUGAUCAUGAUGGUGGCCUAAAUGACCUGGACAAAGCCGAGGUGGCGGUGGUUCUGGUGCCCUUUCCGGCACAAGGCCAUCUCAACCAGCUCCUCCACCUUUCCCGUCUUCUCUUGCGGUACAAUAUCCCCGUCCACUAUGCCGGCACUGCUAUCCACAACCGCCAAGCCAUGCUUCGUGUCCAUGGUUGGGACCCAAAUUCUUCAGUUUCAAACAGCAAUAUUCAUUUUCAUGACCUCACAAUCCCACCUUUUCUCUCCCCUCCUCCUAACCCCAGUGCAGCAAUCAAGUUCCCUGCACAUCUCCAACCAUUAUUCGAUGCUUCCUUGCACCUUCGUGAGCCCUUGGCCGCACUUUUACGUGAACUUUCAUCCAAAGCAAGAAGGGUCAUUGUCAUCAAUGACUCCCUGAUGGCAUAUGUGGUGCAGGACGUGAUUAACAUCCCAAACGCCGAGUCCUACACGUUCCACAGUGUAUCGGCUUUUACUUGUUUCUUGUACUUCUGGGAUUCUAUGGCAAAUAUUCGAGAUUCUGAAGUAAACGCCAAGAUCCCUAUAGACAUUCCAUCUCUUGAAAGUUGCUUCACGACCGAGUUCUUUGACUUCGUUGUUUCCCAAUUUGAAUUCCAGAAGUGGAGUUCUGGCUCCCUCUACAACACAUGCAGGGUCGUAGAGGGUGCCUAUGUGGAUCUAAUGGAAAAGAUUGACGAAGGCAAGAAGCAUUGGGCUAUCGGGCCAUUCAAUCCGGUUAGGAUACCCGAGAAGAAGAAGAGUAGUUCGAAUAUUGGACGGGAUAAGUGCUUGGAGUGGCUGGACAAACAGGCACCAAACUCGGUAAUAUAUGUGUCGUUUGGGACAACAACUGCAAUGGAAGAUGAGCAAAUAAAGGAGCUAGCAAUUGGGUUGGAGGAAAGUGAGCAGAAGUUCAUCUGGGUCUUGAGGGAUGCCGAUAAAGGAGAUGUUUUUAAUGGAGAUGUGAGAAAAGCUGAGCUCCCCAAAGGGUUUGAAGAGAGAGUUAAAGAGAGGGGAAUGGUGGUGAGAGAGUGGGCUCCACAAUUGGAAAUUCUAAGCCACCCAUCAACGGGUGGGUUUUUGAGUCACUGCGGAUGGAAUUCUUGCAUCGAGAGCAUCACCAUGGGGGUGCCAAUUGCAGCUUGGCCAAUAGCCUCGGACCAGCCGAGGAACACGGUCCUGAUUACAGAAUUGCUCGAAGUUGGAAUUGUCGUGAUGGACUGGUCGCGCCGGGAACAGCUAGUGACGUCAACCACUGUAGAAAAAGCUGUGAAACUGUUGAUGGCAACGAAGGAAGGGCAUGCGAUAAGGAAGAGGGCGGCGGAUUUGGGCGGUGCUGUCAGGAGGUCCAUGGAUAAAGGUGGAGUUUCACGCAUGGAGUUGGAUUCUUUCAUUGCUCAUAUCUCUAGGCCGUAGGUAGAGUACUGGAGACUUUGGGGGAUUAAACGAGAAGGAAGAAAGACGAAGGUAAUAAAACAAAAAAUGAAGGAUCUGA